GGGGAGGGGUUAAUAGUUCCUGAUGUGCAAUACCCCAGCAGCCCUGGGCCUAGCCCUACAAUGAAAGUGCAGGAGGAAGAGAGCCCAGGAGAUCUCCCAAGGGUGAUAAAUGUGGGCCAGUCAGCACCAGCUCAGCCUGGAUCGUUCCACGGCUGAAUCCUCUAGGGCCACUCCUCCACCUGAACCUCCUCAGUCUCACCUGGAACAGCUACUGCAUCAACCAGCCUCCUGCCACAUGCACCCCAGGGCCCCAUUCCUGCACCCACAACUCCUGGCACCUGCAUGGAGCCAGCUGCAGACUCAGGCCCUGGCUUGGCAGCAACUCUAGCCUCCAGCACAUCCAGCUGCAAAGAACACCAGCUGUCUUCACAUUCCUGGCUGGCACCUCCCAUUCUCUGAGGGCCACAGGCUUUAACGCAGUCUCACCCUGUCACCAUCUCCCUUCAGCGCAGGUAGGAACCUCCCAGCAUGCACCCCCACUUUGCUUACAGAGAGAAGGUAAGUACAUGGGCUGCCGGCUGCUAGCCCAGCUCAGGGGAAUUGGCUGGGGGGGAAGCACUCAGGUGAGCAGCCAUUGUGAGCUUAUGGCACCUUGCACCACUGAUAGUCACCCUAGCUUUGCAGUGGUGUAGCCCUGUUGAUUUCAUUGCAGUGCCUCCUCAUUUAUACCAGCGUGAGUGAAAUCAGAAUCAGCCCUGUAGCCCCCCCCUGCACACACACACACACCUUGCCCAGGUGCGAAGGAUCCCAUGGGGCCGGGGGAGGGGGGUAGCAGGCUCAGUGAGGAGUGAGUCUGUGUGGACAGACGCUUUAGAGCAUGGCGCUGUGAGUGGAGGGGGCAGGUGAUCUAGUUACAGAGAGUUCCCAGGAACCAACCAGCUGCAGUGUACCAUGAGUUGCUCUUUAACCAGCUCCUCUGUUAAUGAUCUACUCUGCUGCUGCCCUGCCCUGAGCAGAGAGGCUGAGCGAGCACAGGGGCACCUCCUGGAAUUCAGCUCCAGGAGUGGGCCAGGCAGCCAGCCCCCUCGAUGCCAAAGAAGCCCUUCACCAUCCACUGUGCGGAGCUGGAGGACGGGUGGGGCCUGUGCAAGGCAGAGAGCUGGGGAGCAGUGCUGUGGGGGGGACCCUCCUGCUCACUCCAGGCUGGGCUCAGGCAGAGUGUAGGAUAAUCAGCCAUUUUAUUAAGUGUUUCCUCCUAGCUCCAUCAACCUGGACCAGGGGCCCACCCCCUUUGCCCAGAUAAGAGCAAACUCCAAUUGUAUCUGCUGUCCCUGGUGUUCCACCUGGGCGGUGCUGCGAGCCAGGCAGGUAGGCUGUACCCAAGAUUGGCACCGCACACUCUGUUCUAACAAUACAGCCUUCCGGACCCGCUCCAGCCCUUCACGCCCAGUGCAUGCCAGCGUGGACUAAGCUUUGUGGGCGAGGGUGCCUGAAUUCCUUGCCUUUCCACCUGGCUCUGCAGUUUGAGAGGCAGAGGCUGCUGCUGUUGGCACAGGUUGCUGAGGUUCUCUCGUGCCAAGGGCAUCAUGCCAGUCGUCGAGGUGAAUUUCCGCUCCUUGAUCACCCCUGUGGGGAUUGUCCGGUUAUUUGAGAUCUUCCUGUCCUGCACGGCCUUCAGUCUGGUGGCUGAUUCCUCCCACUUCCAAGGAACCUAUGGGGCCUGGUGCAUGUUCACCUGGUGCUUCUGCUUCGUGGUGUCUGUUCUGAUCGUGGUGCUGGAGCUGUUUAGCUUUUCUGAGAAGCUGCCACUGUCCUGGGAUGACUUCACCAGUGCCUUCGCCAUGCUGGCAGCGCUCAUGAUCUUCACCUCCUCCAUCAUGUAUCCUUCCACCUUCCUCACCGGCACUUGCUCUGUCGGAAAAUGUGCUUAUCAGGCAGCAGCUACAGCCAUGUCCUGCAUCUGCUUCAUUGCUUAUGCCAUCGAGGUUGGACUGACGCGAGCCAGGCCUGGAGAUAUCAGCAGCUUCCUCGCCACUGUCCCUGGCCUCUUGAAGGUAUUUGAAGCCUAUGUGGCUUGUCUUAUCUUCUCCUUGGUGAGUGACCCCAAGACAUAUAAAAUUGAACCCGGCCAGCAAUGGUGCAUAGCCGUCUACAGCAUCUGCUUCAUUGUCACACUGCUCAUCAUCAUCCUCACCAUUGGCCGAUGUCUCACCUACAUACCCUUCCCUUUGGAGAAAGUCCUGGUGGGUUACAAUGCCUUGGCUGUGCUCCUGUACCUGACGGCUGCCAUCAUCUGGCCCGUCUUCAACUUCAGAGGGAACCCCAGACCCAGUUCAUGUGACAGUAGUUGCCCAUGGAACAGACUUCUGGGCGUGACCUUCCUCACCUUCUUCAACCUCAUCGCCUACAUCGUUGACCUGGUGUACUCCUCCAGGAUGGUCUUCGUGACCAGGACAGCCUAACGGAGCGCGAUCAGCUGCACCCGGGGGGGUACGGGCCUGCAGCGGGCGUCAUCGGCACUGAAGUGGUGGGAAGGGACCGGGGCCGCCCGUCGCUCACGGGGGAGCUGCUUUGGCCUCGGCUGUUUUGCAUUUCUUCUCCCACAUCCUUGUCUUAUUGGCAUGUCCAUGCACCAGGGGGUUCUGUGUGUAUUUGAUUUGGCUGCUGCUCCAGGAGCUGCAGGUGGCUACUGCUGGGGCCCAUGUGCUGCUGCAGGGAAUCAGGGCAUUCCUUGCAGGACAUGUCUGUAGGGGAUGGGACGGGAAGGGAGGGACACGGACAGAACAUGCUGCCUGUUGCCCGUGUGUACAGCAACCUGUGAGUGAGCCAUAGAAGGGCGGGGAGAUCAGGAAUGAGGGGAUCCCAAUCCAAAGCCCACUGAAGUCAAUGGGAGUCUUUGCACUGAUUUCAGCAUGUGCUGGAUUGGUCCCUGGAAUCCUAGAAGCCCAAAGAAGCAUCAGGGGACUGGGGCUGAGGCUGGGUUACCGAGUCCGGGCUAGUUAGUGUGUUGUGAUGCAGCCGCCUGCUGCGACUCGGAGAAACUUUCCUCUGCCACAAACUCUGGUCUGAAGACAGGUAAACAGCACCCAGGGCUCCCGCCCUCCCUCCAGGAAAUGAAAGUUCAAGGGCUGGGGCUAUGCAAACAGCGGUGUGUGUGCUUAGAGGGCUGGGUACCGGGCUCAGGGAGGGGAGCAUGCCGGGAUCUGCAGCAAGUAGGGCGUGGCAGGUAGGAAUGGCUGACUGCAGAGGGGUGACGUUGGCAUGGCCAGCCCCAACGGUGUGGGGCUAUUUUAUGAUCAAUCGGGCUAGUGUUCAUCUACUUUCCAGGAAAGCUCCCCCCUCACCGGCCCCAUUAGGGUCAAAAUCCAACCUGCAACACAUGACCCAAAAAGACACCCUCACUGCUCAGCCGGGCCUCCACUUCCCCUCCCAAUCCCUGGGGCGUGGGAGCUGCCAUUCUAUCCUCCUCCCUACCUGACAGGCAGCUUCCUCAUUCAUGCUCCCCUCUACUUCCCCACAUUCGCCUGAGCCACACGCACAGCCCCUCAGUCGGGCGCCGCACCAUACCCUCCCUGUCCCCUUUGACAGCCCCACUCCCGGGUCUCCACAUUCUCCAGCCUGACCCGUCACAUGGCCACCCUCACUCCUGCGGGCAGCUUGGCUUCUUCCCCGCUGGGAGCAAUGGGAGGUGGUGGCCGUUCCUGCUGGGGGAACUGAAGGCCCUUGUUCACCUGCAGUGUCAAAGGGACAUGGAGCCAUCUUGCUGAGGGCAGCCUGUGGCUUCAGUCCUGCUGACAGUGAUCGAGAUGGCCGCCAUUUAGAACAGGGCUAAACUGGAAGGCAAAAAUGAAAUGAAAUUCGUGCAAACGGUACCUGUACAUGUGUAUACAUAACAUUGCAAGGCUUGCAGUCAAAUCAGGGGAGCUGGCACUGGGCCUGGCUUUAAGCUCUGUGCGUGUGUAUGUGCACAUGUCCAUGCACAGCUAUGUGUGAAUACACACACGUGUUUCUUCCUAUUCCUUUUCAGUAAGCAAAAAGUGCAUCAGCAUGCAUGCAGUGUGAGUGUCCCCUGCCAAAGCAGUGCACUGUCUCUAAGGGUAGCUUCAUGCUCCAGUUUUAUAGUCUUCCUGAAACCUGAGCGAUCUGUCCUCAUUCCCCAGGACAGAAGCUUAAAGAUGACUUGCGAAGGAAUUUUUUUAAAUGGAACUUUUGCUCUUUUUUUUUUUUUUGCUGUUUUAUAAUUGCAAAAAGGGUGAGUGAGAGAGUGAGUUUUCCUGCUUGUUUUGUACUUUAGAAAUCUCAGGACUGUCAUGUCUGGUCUUCCUGGUUUUGCUGAGGGGCGGGGACCGGGGGGGGGGGGCUCAGGGAUAUAUAUUGUGAGCUCUCACAGCAGAAGCGAAGGGCUGGGUGUGUUGAUCUUUAACAAAGACAGCCUUUCUUCAGAAUGUUAAUUUGUCAUUGGCAUUAAAUAUGCCUGACAACCACCACCCUCCAAAAUCCCCCAAACAGUCUGAUUAAACAUUCCUUCGUCUCACCCUCUCAGGUACUCAGCUUUCACUUUCUUGGCUUUUGCGAUCUCAUCAUUUCACAAGUUCUGUCACCAUCAAAUCUUUCCAAGCUAGGCAGGAUUUGAAUUGAAUUGUGAAAAACAAGCAGAAUUUUUUUUCAAUGACAAACCCCUUCAGACCGUCUUUCUCCAUCAUAAAGAAGCAUUAAAAGAACACAAGGCCAAUGUAUUGUACCCUUUGCAGGAUCACCAUUGGGUUGUGACCUAGAGAGAGGCUGGGGAAGUCUCAAUCCAUGGUUUCUCCUUUGGCUGGUAUCAGCCCUUCCAAGAAAAACUGAGUCAACAUGAUGGGGAAAGGGUUACAGAAGUUUCCCCAGGAAAGAGUAGCCCGCCUCUAGUGAUUAAACUGAUUCAGUCCGAUCUGCUUUGGGGCGGAUGGGGGCAUGGUAUGAAACCUGGACUCUAGUGUGUUGCACAGCAAGUCAGGCGGUAUUAAGGCAAAAGCAACUUCAGUGCAUUUGAUUUUAUAUCUGUCCAAGCCAAGUGGAGUGAGAUCAUGAAGACUGCAAACCCAUGGAUGGAAAACCCUUCCCUGGCUGCAGCAUUCACAAGGUGCUAGCACAAUCCCGAGCUUUGGAGUAAGCCAGCGAUCCCAGGCAGCGCGCAGGAAGGGCACAGUCUCAGUUGGGUACUUACCAUGUAUGGAGCCGUAACUAGGCCUGGGACGAGCAAGCCUACUUAUGCUCCCUAUCAUUUUGUUGGUCAUUUUUCCGACCCAUUUUUCCACCCCCGUGGCUUUGCACCCUGGGCAGCUGCCCCACUCGGCCUGCCCUGGUUACGGCACUGACCGUGCACAUCACAUGUGUGUGUUGCUUGCUUCUGGGGUCAGGUGCACACUGUAAAUAAAGUUCACUAGCACAGACUGACAGUU